GGCAGAGAAAACAUUCGCCCAAAACUACCGUUACUCUAAAAACGUCUUGGUGCUGUAAGUUUUGGUGCUAUAUUGAAUGAUCGAUGUGAAAAUGAAUCCAAUGGAUACCCAGAAGAUCAUUCUGAACAGCACAUGCACUGUCUCUCUGCAUGACCGCUUCACCAGUUUGCUGAAGCAUCAGGCCGCAGAUGUGAUGGCCAUCUCUGCUGCAGUGAACCAGCAGACUGCAGCCUCACUGAAGAAUCAGCGUCUGGCUCUGGAGAUGGCCAAUAGACCUUCUGUGCUGGCCGCCCUUCACAACACAGCUAAUAUAAAUAAUCAACUGUGCAAAGUGAACGUGAAGGCGAGGCUCGGCCAUCCCGUGGGGAGAGGGGGCAUGAUGGGAUUGCAGGGGCAGAUGAGAGGAGGAAGAGGCAGAAGAGGAAUGGUCAAAGGAUUUUGUACAAAGAAGAGUGUGAAUAGACUGCCAGGUAUAGUCAACACUGUAGGUGUAGGUGUUCAGAGAGGGUGGAGCCAGCAACAGCCUGGAGGCAAUGUGAAUUGGGCUGGACCAAUGGGACCCAGAGAGGGAGGAGCCAUUAAAAUGACAGAAGGAAAUGCGGUUCGACAAGUGCUACACCCAGGAGCAGCACAAGCUAUAACCUCUCAUCCUGUGUGCGCAGGCCAUGGUCAGUUUACACCCAUCAGUAAGAAGGCAUAUUCAGGGUACAGCCGAGUAAGAUUCGACAGCCCCCAGGUUCCAGCCACUCGGGAGCAGUUGGAUGAACAGCUGGAUGAGUACAUGUCCAAGAGCAAGAGCCAUCUGGAUGCAGAGCUGGAUGCAUACAUGGCUCAGGUUGAUCUGACGCACAUAGUGUGAGGACUUGGCAUGAGAGUUGGGCUCCACUGCAUAUUCUUUAUUCCUAAUGGAGCAUGUAAUCUAACUUGCAGAUGGACUGCUCAGUUACAGUGUGAUGUGUUCUUAUUGAUCCACUCUGUCAGACCUGAACUAAUUGUGUAUAGUUGCUACAUCCCUCUGAGCUCUGCUGCUUCGAAACCCUGGACUUCCAAUUUGCUACUCUAAUUCAAGAAUCGUUAUUUGUCCUGUAGUCACACUGAACAGAAGAAGAAUUGAAUACUUUCUGAAGGCUUGCGCUGCUUUCUAGGAAAACUCUUUUUCAGUAGGCCAGCAUGAUAUUGUUUCUGAGAAAACGGUUCAGCAGUUUAUUUGAUGAGCAGUUCCGAUGAAUGCUUGCACUCAUUGGAUAUGAAUCGCCUCUCAGUUCGAAGUUUGAUAGCUGAUCAUUGCGUAAGCUGUUUGCAUUAAUAAAACAAAAAAUGUGUUUACUAGGUGACAUUCAUAUUUCCUCAUGUUUUUGGUUGUUAAACUGUAUCAAGAACCACAAGACCGAUAAUAUGGUGAUAUUUUGGUUAAGCAUGUAAUCAUACUCGCAGUAUUUGCAUUAGAACUAGUCUGAAGAAACUACUUCAUAUAUAAGCAAUCAUUUAUUUUUCUAAACAGUGUUUCAUUCCGAUAUGAUACAAUUCUCCAAGAUUGACUGCAUGUGCGUACACUGUUAAUUUAUGUUUGUUA